AUGCCAAUUAGACCUCAGUAUGAAUGGGAACAAACGGUGGAGGAUGUGCUGCUACGUAUCGCGAUAAAGGGAAUCAAGAGAAAUGCCGUUGAUGUGUUCGUUUCUGAUAUUUUCAUCAAGGUUAACGCGGCUCCGACCUACCUGCUCACACUUGAUCUUCUUCACGCUGUUGUUGUAGAUCAGUGUGUACAUUAUUUUGAUAGCAACAACCCCUUUCUAUUGCACCUCAGACUGAAAAAAGUAGAACCAGGUCUUGUUUGGGAAACUCUCUGUCUUUCAUCAGAAGUCUCCAAAAAGGAGAUCCUGCAGCGCCGCAUGCACUCCAUGCAUAGGGCAGAGGAGAAUUAUAACCGAAUGCUUGAGCUCCGAGCGAAGCAGCGCGAGACUGAGAACCGACGCAUGACUGAGGCGCAGUGGGAGGUGGAAAAGGAGCAGCGACGGGUAAUUGAGGAACGCUUUAACUCUGAAAAGGCUGCUGCCGAGAAGGACCUUUAUGCCUGGGAAGAUGAUCAGAAACCAAAGGCGAUGAAGCCCUGUCAAGCCCCACCAGGGUCACCUGGAUGCAUUUUGCCCUUAGUGCAGGAACAUGCUUCGGCGACGGCACUUCCUACAGAAUUUCAGGCGAAUCACAAUCCCCCACCAGUGCGUGAGCCCAGCACUGUCAAUGUGACCAUCGACUUUACACCCAAGAUGUUUGUCCUGCCGACCCGCUCUCGUGGCGACGAGGAGUACUACCGCAAAAGCCGCUACAAGCCUGUGUCGAUCGAGGAUAGUCCUAUGUUCUGGAAGGAAAAGGGUGACAAACACUACCGUGCCCAUGAGUGGAAGCUGUCCGCUGACGCUUACUCGGAGUCGAUUAAGCGUGAUGGUGUCUUUCUAACAUGUGUUAUGAAUCGUGCCGCUUGCUUUCUGUGCAUGGCCGAAUACAAGCGGGCCAUCGAAGACUGUACCUUGGCCCUUGCGUUAUUGGGAAACAUGCCUGCGAGCGAGAUUGCACAGGAUCGGUAUCGUUAUCUUUUAACGACUUUGCAUGCCCGUCGUGGAGCUGCAUAUUGCUGGAAUGAUGACCUUGCACGUGGUGUCACAGACCUUCGCAUGGCGGCUGCCUAUCGUGACCCUGAUAGCAACGAUGGCAUCAUUGCAGAUUUACAGGUGGCAGAACAGCUCAUGGUGGAGCGUGGGUUGACCAUCGACACUGCUCAGGAUCCAUUGGAUAACUUAUUACAGAAGGCAGCUUCACUGUACUAUCGUCAAGACUACACAGCCGCUGCUGAGUUGUACCGAGAGAUUCUUAUAAAAGACCCUUAUCGUGUACAUGCUCGUAGCAACCUAACCGUGUGCUUACUGCUUCUAGGGCGUUUUCACGAGGCUGCAGAGGAGUGCGAGCGCAUCAUUCAUUUUUGUAGGGAGGUCGCUGCUGCGUUGAAUCAACCUGGCAUUUUGUCUUCGGACGGUAACGAUAUCGAUAGCGACGAUGAGAUUUUUGAGUUGGAGGAUGAGGAGGAUGAAGGGGAUCGUUUCACAUCGUCUGAGGGGGUUGAAGCUGGUCGUGAGGGGGGUAGGAGGGACUACGUCCGGGAUCGGAUGACCCGGGAACGUCGCGCUGCAGCCGCGAAGUUGAGCCAAAACAGUUCCCAUGUUUAUCUUUUGCUCAAAGCUUAUGUGCGGAUGGCCGCAACCCACUGCGGUCUUAAGGACUAUCGCAAAGCUCAUGAGUUUCUUGAACUUGCGCUCCGCAUCACGCCUUAUGACAAUGAUUUGCUUGACGACUGUAAUCGUCUGGCCGAAAAGAUCCGCUUAAAUACUUUAGUUGCUGCAUCUACCACAGGGCAUGCAGCAUGA